AUGGAGACUGACACCAUCAUCGUCGGGAACGGGCCGUCAGCCAUGAUCUUGUCGUAUCUGCUUCAUGGCCAUCUCCCUUACUAUUCUGCAAAUCCUCCACAUCCUGAUCCGCUUCUGCAUGCGAAGCUCCGGGAUUCCCCGGAGCUUCUCAGUCUGGAUGUGCAUGCUUUGACGGAUCAUUUCGCCGCCUCGAGACUAUCCUACUCCACGCAGGCUCUUCCGGUGAAUGUGCUCCUCGACACGCUGGUGCGCACUAGUGUGGAUGUGGACGAGCUUGAGAGCACGACUAAUGUCGAAUGGCGGUUUGUGCCCGAAAAGGCCGUGCCCCAUCUGGUCUUUGGAGACGCCCUGCAUGGUGGUGGCCAGUGGACUGAUAAUCCUGUGCCUGCCAGCUGGGACAUUCAGACCCUGAGCUAUGCCUCGAUGCUGUCUCUUCCUGGCUAUUCCUUUGCGGAGCACCAUAAGAAGGUGACAGGCAAGGAUCUUCCUGCAUAUACUCGACCCAGUCGGGAAGAGACGGCAAGCUACUUCCGCACGUACCCCGAGGCGGUUCAGAUCGAUGAUGUUUUCCAGUUCAAUGAGACGCUGUCCGGUAUCUCGCGGACAGAGAAUGGCUUCUAUAUCCGCUCACAUGACAUUCACUGCAAGCAUUUGGUCCUGGCCAGCGGAAUUUUCACUCAGGUGCUCCAGCCAAGCCCGAUGUUGCAGCCCUUGGCAUCGAUGCAGCCAAUCCCGCAGACUCCGCUCUUGGUCAUUGGCUCCGGGUUCUCCGCCGCGGAUAUCAUCAUAUCCGCCCCUCAAGACCAAAAGAUCAUCCACGUCUUCAAAUGGGAUCCGGAAGGUCGGUCCUCGCCUCUGCGUGGCUGCCACCACCAAGCCUAUCCCGAGUACGCGGGAGUCUACCGCCUGAUGAAGCGAGCCGCGGUUGCAGCAGACCCCAGCAAGAAACGAGUGAAGAUGCGACGGACUACGUCGACCCCUUUCUUAGAGACUCGUUCCUGGGAUGAGAUCUACGAAGGACUCCCAAACACCGAAAUCGUUGGCGUCGAGAUGCAGCAGGACCAGGCCAUCGUCACAUUUCGCCAGCCGGACGGGAGCACAAUUACCCGUGCCGUUCGCGGAAUGGUCUACGCCACCGGCCGACGAGGCAGCCUCGAGUACCUCGACCGCUCUCUCCUCAGCGAAGUUGUCGGGGGCAAUACAGACACUGAAAUUAGCCCUAUUGUCUCCGCCCAGACUCUGCGCAGCAAAGCAUGCGAGGACACCGAGGUUGCUCCGAACGUCUUCAUCAUCGGCAGUCUUACCGGCGACUCCCUGAUCCGGUUCGCAUACGGGAGCUGUGUCCAGGCUGCCGGGAAACUGAUCGACGCACGUACUGGCAAAGAACGAGUCCGCAGUGGAUCUAACAAUACGUCCCGACCGCAGUCGUCGCUGGGGGUCAUGCGCGGGAUAGAUGGACACGACAUCACGCCGCCCAACGAGCUCCGCGCUGUAGAUAACGACCGCAUGGCAUCUACAUUACCGCAAAGAGUCAUGCCGAAUGGUCUGUGGAGAUGGCUGUGGCGAUGGUUUGACGUUCGCUGA